CGUUAGUCACUGGAGGAAACGUGACAGUCUCAGGUCGACCCUCUCAAGUGAGCUAAGUCGUUACGCGUUAGUAGCGUCCUCGUUUCGCCCGUUACAAGCCGGCACGGCGAUGGCGGCCGUACAUUUCUCCCCUGCAGCGACUGCACCGAUUUCUUUAUUCUCUCCGACAGUGACGUCAUGCUCCGAAUUUUGGAUUUGACGUCAAAUCCUUACGUCAAAUAUCCGACGUCUGAUUUCGCGGGUCUCAGGUCGCGUCGGCGAUGGCGGCCGUAUCGUUAUCCCCUGCAGCGACUGCACUGUUUGCGAGUGCCAACCUCGUCGAGACGCGAAGCCAAGGGCAAAUUGCCAGCCUAGGGAGCUGCACCCAGCUAAGCCGCCUAGCCAGAGGCCUCUCCAGACAUAGCUUCAUCGAGCGUAGACGACGGCGGGUGGAUUAUGCAGUCAGCGGGCUAUUCGAUCCUAUAAAUUCGCGAGGAUCAGCGUCGCUGCAUCCAGCGGGAAAUUCGCUGCACCGAGAACGACUAGCGGGACGGAUUUCAGUCAUUUCGCCUUGGAUCAGUUCCCAGCCAGUGCAGGAGCCGCAGAAUUGGCGACGGGGGCGAGUAUUGGGGCGGGCUAUAUCGGAGCCGUUUUCGUUCUCGUUUUCUGGAGAGGAUGACGGCGAGGAGGAGGAGGAGGAGAGCUUCGGCGACGAGGAUCGAGACCCAGAGUCCGAGACCCUAUCUGCCCUGGAGUGGCCGUCCCUCUGCUCCACUCUCUCCUCCUUCGCCUCGACCUCCUUUGGCCGCCACCUGCUGCUCAACCUGCAGCCCCCCAAAGCACCCUACCCCAGAUACGCCCUCCACUCGCAAGACGAAACUCCCUCAGAAGCGCAGCGGGGGUAUGAAGAUUUUCAAGGGCACUGCGAGGGGUUGUUGGAGGAGACAGCAGCAGCUAUUGAGCUGGAGGAAAGGGCAGGGGGGGCGGUGGACUACAGUGGGGUGAAUACCUCGUUAGUGGGUGAUGCGCUAAGAGUGCUGGGGAGGGGCAUGAGUGUGAGUGGCGUGCAGGGCGCUGCCGUUGCUGCGAUGAUGGCAGCGGCUAACGGGGUGAGGCGAGGGGUGAUGGAUGCCGUGGCUGAGGUGGAGCGAGGGGGGGAGGGGAGAGGGGAGAGGGGAGGGGAGAGAGGAGGGGAGAGAGGAGGGGAGAGAGGAGGAAGAGAGGGGAGUGGGAAGAGCCGUCUGCACAUUCUUCUGGAUCUGCUCAAGCCCAUGGCCACCAGACCUGAUUUGGUUCGGCGCAUCUGGUCAGCCGUGGACGAGGAGGGGCAGGUUCGGGACACGGCUAGCGCGGAGGUUCGGCAAGCCCGAGCCGCAUGCCAGCUGGCUGCCGCCCGGGCGAGGGAGGCGGUGGCGCGGGCGGCGAGGGGGAGGGGAGCGGGCGGCGGGGUGGUGGAAGAGGUGGUGGAGGUGGAUGGGCGGUUCUGCAUGGUGGUGAACCGACAGUUGAUGAGUGGGGGGGACGGGGGGGCGUCGUCUGGCCUUGUAGUCAAAUCGCCAUCGUCAUCCCUCAUGGUCAUCGAGCCCACGUCAGCCGUGCAGCUCAACAACCGUUACAGUGAAACGAGUGCCGAGGCAUGGCGGGCAGAGCAGGCAGUGCUGGCGCUGCUGUCCGGGGAGUUGAGGGAAGCUGUGGGGGACAUUCAGCAAGUGCUGGAGACGCUGGUGCGACUGGAUGUG